UCUUCUCCUCUCUUCUCCCCCAAAUCCCACGCCCCACCAAACCAAACCAAACCAAAUCCCCCACCUCCUCCUCCAUUUCCACCCGCAGCCCUAACCCUUGUAACCUCCCGAUGGCCGGAGGCGGCGGCGGCGCAGGCGCUGGCUCGUCGUCGGGCGGGUCGGGUUCCGGUGGCGGCGGGGGCGGAGGCGGUCGGGAGGGCGACUGGGACUGCGGCGGCUGCGGCAACCGCAACUACGCCUUCCGCUCUCUCUGCAACCGCUGCAAGCAGCCGCGCCUCCUCGUCGACCCCAACACCCCGCGCGACUCCAAGUGGCUACCCCGCGCCGGGGACUGGAUCUGCACCGGUUGCAGUAACAAUAAUUAUGCAUCCAGAAAGAACUGCAAAAAGUGUGGCCUGCCCAAGGAGGAAGCAGCAAUGCCAGCAUUGCAAAUGGCAGGGAUGGCAAUGCCAGCUUAUGCAACUUAUAUUGCAAGACUACAAAGCCUUGCUGCUUCUGCUUCUGCCUAUAAGAUGAACUUUGGGAUGGCUGCCAAUUCAUCUUUGCAGCAGCAACUACUUGCAAAUGCAAACUGGUCCUAUGGGUUGGCUGGUAGAUAUGGGAUGCAGUCUUCUGGUUGGCCAUUUGGAAACAACAACACAAAUCAGUUUCCAGGUGUCCCAAAGGACUGGCGUAAUGGAGACUGGCUCUGCAGCUGUGGAUUUCAUAAUUAUUCAUCUCGUACUCAGUGCAAAGAGUGUGGUGCACCUGUACCUUCAGGCAUUCCCUCCACAACAAUGAAAACUACAUCAGAUGCCUCUUCCACAUUAGGAACUAAGCGAUUGGCAUCAGAGGAACUCGCCAAUGACUGGGAUAAUAAAAGGCUAAAUCCAGGAAAUGACAAUUAUCCGCUCUCGACAGCAGGCACGAAUAAUUUGUUUUUGGGUAUUGAGCAAGGAGCUGGAAGCAGCAAUGGCCAGGCAGCCUUUUCCAACUUUGACAAUGGGAGCUCAAUAGCAUUACCAUCUGGGCAGGCAAUGUCUGGUCUUAUGGGAAAAGGGGCAAAAUGGCGCGACGGAGACUGGAUGUGCAGCAACUGCAACAAUCACAAUUAUGCAUCUCGUGCGUUCUGCAACAGGUGCAAAACGCAGAAAGAAUCAGCAGUUCACCCUGGUGUGCUAUAGCUUGCUUGCGCCUGAUCAUAGCGCUCUGAAUCAUUUUGAAAUUUCCAGGAUAUGUUACUGCCGGAUUCUAGCUCCUUUGCCAAGACUGCGGUUUAAGUUUUUUUGAUUCUGCAGUGCUCUUGCUGCUCCCAAAUGUGUCUCGGCAUUUGACUAGUGCUGGUUGAAGUUCCCGAUUUAUUUAUGGUAAGCGCUUGAAUAAAAUGUUUCCGGAAAGUACCAUUUACUAUCUGGAUUUUGGCAAAUAAUUGAGUUGUGUAAUGAGGCAAUGGUGAUAGACUGUAAUGUUGUGCUUUUAUCAUAACUGUGGGGUAUUAGUGCACCAAAUUAAAGUUGUGGUCAUUUUUACUUUCUCGUUGGGUUGGAAACGAAAACUAUACUCGUGUAACUUCGGCACAAUUAUUCUUUGUUUUGGACAUCUCCUGUUUGUGCUCC